UUCCCUUGGCACAUCUGGCCACCUUUAUUUAUCCGCGGUCAUUUUCUGGGGGCGCCUCUGGACUGCGCAUGCCCCUUAUCUUCAUUGCAGUCCGUCAGGCGUCGCGGUUGCUAGGUUACCAUCCAGCGGAAGCUAAAGUUGCUGUGGACUGAGCUCGUCUUGGCAAACCUUUAGUGGGCUAAAAUGUCAAAGGCAUCUAACAAGAAUCCUCAGGAUUUGUUCCUGACUUUCUUGUCCGAAGGGAAGUGGAUGUUCAACAAAGGAGAGUACCAUCAAGCUGCUAACAGCUUCACGGCGGCGCUGAAUUUGAGGCCAGGGGAUAAGAAAUGCCUCAUCGGACGGGCUAAAUGCUACAUGAAGAUGGGUAGGUUUGAAAACGUCUUCACAGAUGUUGAAGAGACGCUCAAAGACGACAAGUCUUUCAUAGAGGGACUGUACCUGAAGGCAGAGGCUCUAUAUCACACGGGCAACGUUGAACAGGCGUUGGUGUUUCACAGCAGAGGACUGAAGCUCCAGCCUCAUAUGCAGAAGUUCAGGCUCGGCGCGCAGUGCGCACAGCAGGCGAUAGAGGAUACGGCUGGAUCUGAAAAAGACCUUUCCUUCCUGUAUAAAGAUGAGAGGAAGAAAAAUAAUCAGACUCCAAAGACUGACAAGACCAACAAAGCGCUUCUGGGAAAGUUUUACCAUGACAAGAAAUUCCUUGAGGAUCUGAUGAAAGAUGAAGAAUUGGUUGGGAGUGAGACGAUUCAUGGCGAACGACUGCAGGACAUCAUUCAAGACUGCCUCACAUCUCUUGAUACUUGUGCUAAGUUGUGGAGUCUGGAGAAGCCCGUCGCCCCUCAGCAGCAGAAACGGCGUGGACCUUCUGAGCAGGCUCAGUUUGUGCUGAAAAGCCUGAAUGAGAUCGACAACGAGCUGACUCGUGGUAAUGCAGAGGCUAGUCUGAAGAAGGCAAAACGAGCCAUGAGUGUGGUUCAAACUUGGACCACUGAGGACAUUCCUAAUAAAUACGAGCUCCUGGGCAGCCUGCAUAGCUACAUUGGCAGAGCUUUCUUCAUCCUGGGAGAUAUGGACGAAGCACUGGAGCACCAUCGGACAGACCUCCAGCUGGCUGAGCGGUGCAAACUUCCAGAAGCCACGUCCAGGGCUUUGAACAACAUGGGUCUAACGUUGGCUCAGACCGGACAGUUUGCACAAGCCGUUGAGUUCUGGGAACAGAUGAUUCCUUUGGUUGAUGACGGGUUGGAAAAGGCCUGGUUGUUUCACAACAUCGGCUCCAGCUCCCUGAACAUGAAGCAGUAUGAAGAAGCCAAACACUACGGGAUCCGCUGCCUUGCUGCGGCCGAGGAAGCCGCUGACGAGAAGUGGCAGUUGAAUGGAAACGUUUUGAUUGCACAAGCAGAAUUGAAAACUGGAAACGUUGAAUCAUCUGUGUCCCACUUUGAAAAGGCUUCAUCCCUUGCUCGGCUUACAGAAGACGAGGCCGCUCUGGGAGCCAUUCAGAAGGCUCUCAACGAGGCAAAGCAGCUUCUACCAGACGGAGAACAUCUUUAGACGAUGAUUGUGGAUCCGAGAGCAGCUUGAGGAAAUUCCAGAUAGAAUUGAACGAUAUGUUCAUCAGUAUAGCUGCGUGAGGUCGGGGACAUGGAAGUAAACUGUAUUAUUAUAAAUUCCUUGUAUUUAUUGCAAUCCAUCAUUGAUAGUCUAGAGCAGGGGUGUCAAACUCAUUUUAGCUCAGGGGCCACAUUGAGGAAAAUCUAGUCCCAAGUGGGCCGGACCGGUAAAUUAAAAACAACUUCAGAUUGUUUUCUUUAUUUUAAUACAAUCACUAUAAAACAAAGCUGGAGCCUGAAGACAGUGUAUCCAAAAUAGUACAAGUACAACACCUGAAGUGUACUUGAAAAUUUGAAAUAAAUAAAACAUUCCUUAGUGAUUCAGAGCUUACAGAUAACAUGGCUAGAUCAGUUUCAUGCAGCACUUAAAGUAUAUUUGACUCAUUUUACUUUACAUCUUUUAGCUUUCACCAGCACAUCAGUAUCAGAAGUCACAUCCUGAGUGGCGGCCAACUUCAGGAUGUGAUUCAAGUUCUUGUGUGAGCCUUGAGCACAGCUUUGUUUUAUUUAUACUCAUUACAGAGAAAACUUGCUCACAAAGAUACGUUUAUUUUCACUCUACAUUGUAAAGUAUGAAAAUAAAGUUUACACAACCAUCUCGCGGGCCGGAUUUAACCUGUUUGCGGGCCAGAUCCGGCCCGCAGGCCGUAUAUUUGACACCCCUGGUCUAGAGCAGUGGUUCUCCAUUAGUCUCCCUAAUGGCAAGCUGCGAUUCAAAUGAAGGGAAAUGUUCAACUUCUCUAAUUUGUUGAAGGAAAAGAUGGCGCAGUCUGGUCCUGAGGAGGUAGACUAUAGUGCAGCACCAACGCACAGAUCAAUGAUAAACCAAACCUGCUGCUUUUAAAUCUAAACCAUUUCUCUUUACUUCAGUAAAUUAAGUCUUUUAUUAACAGAUUUCACUGUUAUUGUAUAACAAAAUAAAAAUCCAACUACUGAGAACUAGUUCAAAAAGACUCUGAAUAGGUGGCUGAGGGUGGAAACCGAUACCCACAUAAAACUUAGUUCUAUAAGAUUUGUUCACUUAUUCAAGCUUGAGCUUUAAUUGUGACUUAAAGCUGUUACAGCAAAUCUGGAAAACAACUGAGCCUAAAACGUUGUUGUUAUGCUUCUCAGCAACGUUCUAACAUAGCAUAGCUGUACAUAUAUUUUGGAGGAUAAAAAAUAAAUGAAUAAAUCAGUUCUCUCGCAUUUGUCUAAAAGCCACCAAUAGCAUGGCUCGGACUGAAAGCAACCAUUAGACCACAGGUGUCAAACUCCGGUCCUCGAGGGCCGCUAUCCUGCACGUCUUUGCUCCAACACUUCUAAUUCCAUGGUGUCGUUCUUUUUUAAAACACAGAAACGGUUUUGUUACCUGUUAUUGACGCUACAGUUUCGGC